CUGACAGUCCAUUGCUGGAACUAUGUCAUGUGACCCGUCAGCUGACCAGUGCCUUCUGACUCCCACAGAUGCUUUGAAGUGUCUGUCAGUGUAACUAAGAAGAUGUCAGAAGCGAAUGGAAACAGUGGAGAACAAUCACCGGGUGCAGGAGGGACCCUGAGGGAGGAGCCGGGUGCAGACAGACAUAUUUCCCCCUUCAUCACUCCCCGGCCCAGGAGCAGCCUACGUAGAACGCCGCUGGGCAUGAGAAGGAACUGCAACUCUGGAUUUAAAUCUCCGGUUCAGUCUCCUUGUUCCAGCCAGUCGAGCAGAGGCUCAGAGUUUUCUCUGCAGAAGGAGGUGUCGGAGCUCAAGGGAAAGGUGGCUGCUCUAGAUCAGGAGAUUUCACAGCUGGAGUCAGAAGGGGUCAGUGUUGCAGAACUCGAGGAGCACAUCACCCUUCUUCAUGAAUAUAAUGAGUUAAAAGAUGCCGGGCAGAUGCUCUUGGGCAGACUUGCUGUGUUGAGGGGAGUCACCACCAAGGAGCUGUAUGCUGAGUUUGGGAUGAAUUUAGAGGACUGACCGGUGACAUUAUUCUGUUCCUGUGCCUGAUGCUGUUGAGGUGACAAUCUCCUAAAUCAGUUUAGUGAAGGAGCUGCGCCAGAGGCCCGUGUGACUACAGAGAGAUGUGUCUGUGCAGCUCCAGACUGGAACUCUCGGGACUUGCUUGUUGCACAGAAAAUGUUAGUUAUUAUGUUCUGCUAAAUGGACUGAAAUUAACUUCAGCAGAACUCCAGUUGCACUCGUAUUUAAUAAAAUAUGAUUUUCACAUUCA